AUGACGUCCAUGGUUCGCGAUCCCUUACAGCAGCACAUGCUCGCCUACCUCGACCCCCGCCGCGGCAGUCUGCCUGCCGACGUCGCCGAGACCAUUGCCGGCAAGUCCAAAGCUUUCCAACGAAGACAUGAACUAACUGACGGCCUACAUGCAGGAAACAUCACCUUUCUGAUCAAGUACCAUGGCGGUCCCAAGAUCCUCGCGUCCCAGAUCUCAAUCACUGUCGUCGAUAUCCGCAGCCACGAUAAUAGCGAAGUCGGUCACAAGGCGACUGUAUGCAUCCACAACGGCCCAGGUGACUUUACGGUCGUAGUCUGGAAGCAAGUCAAAUCGGGCCAGAAUGUUGUGCAGGCACUCGGAGAGAAGGUGGAUAAGGCUGUCAGAGAGAUCCUCAAGAACGAGGGGAAUGAUGGAUAUGGCGACUUCAAGGACUAG